AUGAGCGGGGAAGUCCUGCAGGCGCAUGCCGGCGAGCCCAACAGCCAUAGUGUCCCUGCAGCACCAGCAGCAGACCCUGCAGCUGGACGCGCGCUGCGAUGCAAAGGUUGGGUCCUGCAGAGGCCCGUCUCGUCGUGGUCCUUGUCGGCAGCGGCGGCGACGUACUCCAGCGAGGUGGUGGUGCCAGUGCCGGGCCCCGGGCAGGUGCGCGUGAAGGUGUACGCCGCAGCCGUCAAUCCUCUUGACGUGAAGCGGGCGACGCUCGGCCGCACCGGUGGUGGUUUAUUCAGGCGUGGCAGCAGUAGCAGCGGUGGUGCGACGUCGACGCGUCGCCCACCGCCGGAGUUCCCCUUUCCAUAUGUGAUGGGCGUUGAUGGCGCCGGUGUUGUGGAGAGCGUUGGCUGGAGCAGCGACGAUGUGCAGCAGCAGCAGUAUUACGGCCUGCAGGUGGGCGACCGCGUUGCGUUUCUCGCCGACAUGGUGAAGGAAGAUGGCGGCUCGUUCUGCCAGUAUGCGGUAGUGCCGGCGGACGCGGUGGGCAAGCUGCCGCCGCCCACGCCGAGUGAUGUGAUCGACUUCGUCGAGGCCGCGGCGCUGCCGUGUGCGACGGGGACGGCGUACGUUGCGCUCUUCGACAAGUUGUGCGUGGAGGCCGGCCGCAGCAUCUUUAUUAACGGCGCCUCCGGUGGCGUGGGCUCGGCUGCAGUGCAGCUGGCGAAGUGCGCCGGGCUGUGCGUGCUGGCGUCGUGCUCGACGGUGAAUGCAAGCUACGUGCAGGAGCUGGGCGCUGAUUAUGUCUUCGAUUACACCGCCGUAGACGUGGUCGACGCGUGCCUUGCAUACACACAGGGCUUCGGCGUCGACUACGUACUGGAAGUCGCCGACGCCGCCACCGCGCUGCAGCACGCCGACGCGCUGCGGUUUGGUGGGGCGAUCUGCGUUGUGCCUGGACAUAUGCCCGCUUCGAGCGAGGCGCUGUUCCGCCGGCAGAUCUCGGUGAGUUACGUCUCUCUCGGUGGUCUGCACGAUCACCCGCUGACGCGCGGCAAUCUGCGGCGUGUGGUGGAGAACACGCUUGGCCUGUACCAGAGCGGCGCGUUCCGGCUGCAGCUGGAGACGGUGCCGCUGGAGCGUGCGGGUGCGGCCUUCGAUUUCAUUGCGUUGGGGCACACGCGUGGGAAGAUUGUGCUGACGGACUUCCACCCGAAUGAAUCGCCGGGUGGCGAUGAGGUCAUCGGUACUCGCCGCAGAAGGCAGGCGAAAAAACAGAAGCAGUAA